CUUCCAUUUUCCACCUGUAUUCACGUGUUCUCUGUUCCCUGCCUACACUCCUCCCACUCCACUCCACUCUACUCUGAGCUUCCAUUUUAAAAACGCAAUUUUCAGGGAAAAAAAAUUAUAAAUCCUACAAACAUAAUUUCAAUAAAUAAAAUAAAAUAAAGAUUCAGAAGUUUAAAUACAUCGAAUCCCUAUGGAAGCUUUUUUCCUAGUUUCGGAGUUGGAAUGGUAAUUCAGAUGUCUUCUCUUUUACAGAUACCGACUCUUUUUCCUCCACCUCAGUUCUCACCGCCGGCCACCGCCAACGCCGUCGCCGUAUUUCCAUUUACCGCCAAAUUGACUCCGAACUUGACUAGCCGGAAAAAGUGUCUUACUGCAGUGUAUUUCCAGAACGGCCGCGGCGGUGCGGUCGUCGUCGGUGAGGACUUGCCGCCUGACUACGCGGACUGGCAUCCGAAGGAGGCUUCUGAUUCUAGUAGCCGUAGAAGAGCAGGUGUGCUCCUCCAUCCGACGUCGUUUCCUGGACCUUAUGGAAUCGGUGAUCUUGGUCCUCGGGCCUUUCGCUUCCUCGAUUGGCUUCAUCUUGCCGGCUGCUCCGUUUGGCAGGUUCUUCCUCUAGUUCCACCAGGAAGGAGAGCCAAUGAAGAAGGCUCACCCUAUUCUGGCCAGGAUGCAAAUUGUGGCAACACCCUUUUAAUCUCUCUUGAUGAACUUGUGGGAGAUGGUCUUUUGUCAAAGGAUGAGCUUCCUAAACCACUAGAUAUAGACCAUGUGAAUUUCUCAACUGUUGCUAAGAUAAAGGAUCCAUUGAUAGAAAAGGCUGCAAAGAGGCUUAUUAUGAGUGGUGGUGAGCUCAAAAGUCAGCUUGAGCGUUUUCGGAAGGAUCAAGAUGUUGCAAGUUGGCUUGAAGAUGCUGCAUAUUUUGCUGCUAUUGAUGAUUCUUUAAAUACUUUUAGCUGGUAUGAUUGGCCUGAACCACUGAAAAAUCGCCAUCUUGCAGCAUUGGAAGAGAUUUAUCAAACUAGGAAGGAUUUUAUUGACAUAUUUGUCGCUCAACAGUUUUUAUUCCAGAGGCAGUGGCAAAAAAUUCAUGAUUAUGCUCACAAGAAAGGAAUUAGUAUAAUGGGAGACAUGCCAAUUUAUGUUGGUUAUCAUAGUGCAGAUGUUUGGGCAAAUAAGAAACAGUUUUUGCUGAAUAGGAGUGGUUUUCCUGUCCUAGUAAGUGGUGUUCCACCUGAUGCUUUUAGUGAAACCGGUCAACUUUGGGAGAGCCCCCUAUAUGAUUGGAAAGCCAUGGAGAAGGAUGGAUUUUCUUGGUGGAUACGCCGCAUUAGACGGGCUCAAAAUCUGUUUGAUGAAUUUCGGAUUGAUCACUUUAGAGGAUUUGCUGGCUUUUGGGCUGUUCCUUCUGAAGCAAAAGUUGCAAUGGUAGGAAGAUGGAAGGUAGGACCUGGAAAACCUUUGUUUGAUGCCAUAUUCAGAGCUGUUGGAAAGAUCAAUAUCAUAGCAGAAGACUUGGGAGUGAUAACUGAUGAUGUGGUUCAGCUAAGAAAAUCAAUAGAUGCACCAGGAAUGGCUGUGCUUCAGUUUGGGUUUGGAAGUGAUGCAAAGAACCCUCAUCUGCCUCACAAGCAUGAGCACAAUCAAGUUGUGUACACUGGAACUCAUGAUAAUGACACUAUCCGAGGAUGGUGGGAUGUAUUGCCGCAGUGGGAGAGAGACAAUGUUAUAAAGUAUCUUGGAAGUAUUGACCAAAAUGAAAUUUCAUGGGCACUGAUCCGGGCUGCGCUUUCUUCGGUCGCUCGGACUGCAAUAAUACCAAUGCAGGACAUCCUUGGAUUGGGAAGUUCAGCUAGGAUGAAUAUUCCGGCAACUCAGUUUGGAAAUUGGAGUUGGAGGUUACCCAGUUCGAUGGGUUUUGAUGAGUUGAACGGUGAGGCAGAGAGAUUGAGAGGAAUGAUUGCAACAUACGGGCGGUUGUGAUGAUUGGUUUGCAUAUCUGCAAUGCAACUCUCAGUUACAAAUGUUCAUAUCUGUUUUAUGAAACCAUCUUGCAUUUGGCUGGUGCAGCGAAGUCAUCCCUCUUCAAAGCUCCCUAUUUCUUCCAGACGACUCUACUUCUUUGAUGCUAGGAAUAGGAGGAAUUGGCCCAAAACAUGCUGCCGUGCAAGACCGUCUACUUCACACUCCUUGCUUGCCUGGAGGAAAAGGCAAACCAGGAGAAACAGAUCAUAGGUACGUGUAGCAGUAACACACGUGGUUAUAGCUUAUCCUCAAUCAACUAUCAGGCUCCAUGUCUUCAUUUUGGCAACUAUGUAUUAUAAUCAUCGUAUGGAUUUCAGAACAGCACGAGCAAAAGGCUACUACAGUUGUAAUUUAAACUAGCUCUGUCGGUGGUAUGAUGCAUAAUAAACGUACUGAGAUAUGAAUAAAAGAUCAAAUUCCAUGGUUUGAUACA